GCAGGCUAGGUUGUCCAUCCCGAAAUUAUAGGAGGUUUUGUGUUAUAUUUCCGCCACUCCCUCUGGCGGCCCGUCGAAGAACUCGUGCGCAGGUUCUAACACAAGAUGGCGACGAAGAGCGACAUGUCAGGCAGCGUUUUCUCUCUCACCCAGUAACCUUGUGACGUGUCCAGAUGGGUGUGACAUCAGCGGACGAGUAGCAGGAUCGCCGCCGCUCCGACUGCUGCAUCAUUUGCGGAAUGACAGUGUGAAGUUUGGUGGAACGUUGUGUUGCUUGUGUAUCCCGAUACUCGCAUCGAGGCAUGGCAUCGGUGGCUGCUUGGCUGCCGUUUGCCCGGGCCGCCGCUAUAGGAUGGGUUCCUAUAGCCAAUAAUCCCUUACCGGCACCACCUGUCACAAAAGAGCGGAAGAAGAGUCAGGACGAAAAAUUCAUUAUAAAUGUGAGUGGAAGACGUUUCGAAACGUGGAGAAAUACUGUCGAAAAAUAUCCCGACACAUUACUCGGUUCGAAUGAGCGUGAAUUUUUUUACGACGAAGAAACAAAGGAAUAUUUUUUUGAUAGAGAUCCGGAUAUCUUCCGUCACAUUCUCAAUUACUACCGCACAGGUAAAUUACAUUACCCUAGACACGAAUGCUUGCUGUCGUAUGAUGAGGAGCUCUCCUUCUUCGGUAUCAUCCCUGAUGUCAUCGGCGAUUGCUGUUAUGAAGAUUAUAGGGAUAGAAAGCGCGAGAAUGCUGAGCGUCUCAUGGAUGACAGACUGUCCGAAACGCAAGACCAAAAGUGUAUGGCCAAUAGCACCAUUAGAGAAAGAAUGUGGAGGGCAUUCGAAAACCCGCACACGGGCACGGCAGCCCUCGUCUUUUAUUACGUCACCGGAUUCUUUAUUGCGGUGUCGGUGAUGGCUAAUGUGGUAGAAACGAUUCCGUGCGGGAGAGACGAUAAUACCGGUGAAAUUCUAUCCUGUGGUACUAUGUAUAAAGUGGCGUUCUUCUGCCUGGAUACCGCUUGUGUUAUGAUCUUCACGGCAGAGUACCUGUUGAGGUUAUACGCUGCACCCAACCGCUGUAAGUUUAUGCGGAGUGUAAUGAGUAUUAUAGACGUCGUAGCUAUUAUGCCAUAUUAUAUAGGUUUGGGCAUCAAGGACAACGACGACGUGUCUGGUGCUUUCGUCACGUUACGUGUUUUUCGCGUUUUCCGUAUUUUCAAGUUUUCUCGCCAUUCCCAGGGUCUCCGUAUUCUCGGAUAUACGCUUAAAAGUUGUGCUUCUGAGCUAGGAUUUUUGGUGUUUUCAUUAGCAAUGGCCAUUAUCAUAUUUGCGACAGUGAUGUUCUAUGCAGAGAAAAACGUUGACAACACUACUUUCACCAGCAUCCCCGCCGCUUUUUGGUAUACCAUAGUGACCAUGACCACAUUAGGAUACGGAGAUAUGGUGCCAGAUACCAUAACUGGUAAAAUAGUCGGAGGUGUUUGUUCAUUAUCUGGAGUGCUAGUUAUCGCCCUUCCAGUUCCUGUCAUCGUGUCAAAUUUCUCUAGAAUAUAUCAUCAGAAUCAAAGGGCAGACAAGAGAAAAGCGCAAAAGAAAGCGAGAAUGGCGAGAAUUCGAAUUGCAAAAGCUACAAGUGGAGCUGCUUUUGUUAGCAAGAAAAAAGCAACAGAAGCCAGAUUGGCAGCUCAAGAGAGAGGUCUGGAAGUGGAAGAAUUACAGGAAGAUAUCUUUGAAUUACAGCAUCACCAUCUGUUGCAGUGCCUGGAAAAGACAACGGAUCGAGAAUUUGUAGAACUGGAAGUUCCUUACAAUGGAAAACCUAAUAGACCAUCGUCAACUCCGCCCCUCUCACCAACGCCUUCAGUAUCUUCACAAGAAAAUAGUAGUGGUAUCACAACGUGUUGCUCGGGUCGUUGUGGCAGAAAGAAAAAAUAUCAACAACACACAGAAGCAACGUUUUCUGAACAAGAAGAAGAACUAAACGAUAUUCAAAUUUGCAUGCCCAAUAGGAUUCCUCCUGGAGACCAUAGUAUAGGCAUGUCACGUUCUAGUUUGAAUAACCCAGUCCCAGCCAGUGGGAGCAAUGUUCUAUCGACGGCAGUUGUUCUAUUGCCCUCGUCUAGUCCGAAUUCUGAAAUGGAAGCAAUGUUAUCUGCAAGUACCACUAGUACUGCGACGCCUUCUCCAGGUAACACCAGUACUGGUCCAAUGGUUCGAAUUUCUACACUUUAAGAAAUGAACGACUUUCAAUUAUAAAUAUCAUAAAUUCACCAUGAAAGACUCGAAGUUCUCUCCGAUAUAAAUAAAUCAAUCGCAUGAAACGAUGAUGUUCAAAUUGAUUACAAGAAAAUUUUAUAUGCGAGAAAUUCUCUUCUUUUUAUGUAUAUUUGUUGCCAUUGAAGAACGAUGAAGGAAGGAAAAUGACGAUUCAGUGAGAUUGAACAAUAAUUUAUUAAUAUAAUUUUCCUAUUCGAAUAUAAGCAAAAAUAAUGUAGUUUUAAAUCUCACCAGGAUGAAAAUUUAUUCGAGUUUCCACAGCAUCUAUAUCAAAGAUAUUUCGACGCGGUUUUAGUUACAAUUAGUGAAGCUUGCUACUAGUCACAAUACCUAAAGAUGCUAUCUCAAGCAAAUUCCACUAUGAAAUUAAAUAUGAUCUCAUUGAUCUGGCGAGAAAGUUUCGCUUUUAUGUUUUAUGGAUACAUUUAGGGAGAUCGAAACGUGAAAGAAUUUAUUCUAAACCACGAAAUUCGUUAUCCUUGUGUCUAGGUGGGAAAAUGUAUAGAUGUUAAUUUAUGUACUUCUGUGUGAGUAUUGUACAUACAGUAUACUUAUCUGUAAGUAUGAUAUUAAGAGUAUCUAACUCUAAUAGAAGAAACUAAUUUCGUUAAUCAAAGUAAAUCAAAGAAUUGGCAGCAUCCUCAUCACUUGUCCAUAGAAUCGUUCGCUAGGAUCUGCAUGUAUGUUUUCUAGACAAAUGAAUGUUUAAGAGUAGUAUCGGCAAACUUAGACUGUACAGUUGUUUAUUCAAAUUAAAAGUACAUCAGUUGAAAUAAAAACAGAUGUCGUUAACUCCUUAGAUCAAAUUUGAAACAAAGUGGAAAAAACAAAUGGCUAGUUGCGUUGUCCAACGGUGACAUCAAAUAAUUAUAUACAUUACAUAUAUGAUAUACAAUGUAUAACUGCAGUAAAUAUAAUAUAGAAAGUAACGUUAACUGAUAGAAUAACGUUCUGUUUAUAUUCCUAUCAUUUUCGUUUGCUUCCAUGUGUGAUUCAUUCGAUGAAGAAUAAAAUAUUCCAGUUCGAAUGGCAUCCGAUCGUUUAGACAAAAGAACUAUGGAUCGCAACUGCCACCAUCCUAUUUUAAUUGCCUAUAGAAAGGAGUUAAAAUCAUGCCUUUAACGAUUUAAUUCAAAAAUAAGAAGAUUCAAUUAUCAAAUUUGAAUCACAUGUUGUAAAGGUACAGAAAUUACGAAACGAAAACGAAAGUCGGUGAUUUUAAUUACAAUUCACCUUAUUAAAAUAAAUGUUAAAAAGAAAUGUUUACCUCACAAUAUUUAUAAUAUAAUAAUGAAGUAUUUGCUUCUAAAGAAAAAAGAAAGAUUCGCUUUUUAUCAGCUAAAUCUUAUAUUAUUUAAUGAAGAAAUUCUGAAAGGAAAAAAAACAAAUACGAGGAAUGAAUAAAUUCUUGUGAUUUACUAAAUUCAUUCUUUUGGAUAAAGAAAAGGUAUCUUAUUUUUUAAAUAAUAAGAUAUGACGAAAUUUGUUUUCCUUAAGACAAAACUAUGAAUUGUGGCAUUUGAAGAAAGCACGUUCAAGAAUUUCCAAGUUUUGUCUUUGAAUGCAAUUGUCUCACUCUUUUGUUUACUUGUUAUUGUAAUAAUUUGAAAACUUAAUUGCAUUUGCACAACUUUUUUAAUGCAUACUUUAUUUGUGGCCAUUUUAAAGAUUGUUAAAUGCACAAGUUUUAAUGAUUCGUCCUUGAUCUUUCAUUAAGGAGUUUUGGUAUUAUUUAUUCAAUGUUCUUAUUCCUAUCUGGAUCAAUAAAGGGAUGGAAGUCAUA